AUGCUGUCGGACGCAGACUAUCCCGGUAAUGCUUCUGGUGCACGGAGAGCCAAGAAGAGGAGCUCCGGGGAGUCACCAGGGGACGGACAGACACUGCGCUCCUCAGGAAGGCAGGUCAACGUCCGGGUGAAGCGCACCAACAACCCUCCACCUGGUCAGAGCAAAAGAAAAGCCACAGACACAGAGGAAGAAGAUGACCAGUCUGAGAAGAAGUACAGAAAAUGUGAGAAGGCUGGGUGUUCUGCCAUGUACCCUGUUUGUUUUGCAAGCGCAUCUGAAAGAUGUGCUAAAAAUGGGUACACGUCGCGGUGGUAUCAUCUGUCAUGUGGGGAGCAUUUUUGCAAUGAGUGUUUUGAUCACUACUACAGAAGUCACAAAGACGGCUUUGAGACCUUUGCUUCGUGGAAGAAAGUGUGGACUAGUAAUGGGAAAAGUGAGCCCAGUCUUAAAGCUUUCAUGGCAGAUCAGCAGCUGCCAUACUGGGCUCAAUGCACCAAGCCUGACUGCAGGAAGUGGCGCCAGCUGACCAAGGAGAUCCAGCUCACUGCCUCCUUAGCAGCAGCAUACCGCUGUGGGAUGAAGUUCAACAACAUUAAGAGCGAGGAACCCGACCAGUGCUCCCAACCAGAGGACUUGAGAGUGGCAGAGGUGACGGACAGCUGGUGGCAUUCAAUGCUCAUUUUGCCGCCACUGUUUAAAGACAGCCCAGCCACCCCUUUCCUCACUGCGUACUACCCCGACUGUGUGGGGAUGAGUCCAUCAGGUUCUUCUAGCAACAUGUCUCUGGGCGAGCUGAGGGCGGAUCACUGCAGAGCUGCUCAGCCUCAAAUUCCAGGCUUGUGUCCAUACUUCCAGCCCUUUUACCAGCCAAAUGAGUGCGGAAAGGCUCUGUGUGUGCGGCCUGAUAUGAUGGAGCUAGAUGAGCUUUAUGAGUUUCCAGAGUUUUCCCGCGAUCCCACCAUGUAUCUGGCUCUGCGUAACCUUAUCCUGGCCUCCUGGCACAAGAACUGUAAGGAGGUGCUGACUUCAGAGAAAUGUGCCCAGCACAUCAUUGUUCGUGGGUUGGUGCGUGUGCGCUGCGUGCAGGAGUUGGACCGAGUGCUCCAUUUCAUGACCAGGAAGGGUCUCAUCAACACCGGUGUGCUGGCAGCAAAACAGCCUCUGCUCCCAGAAACUUACUGCUCUAAAAAUGUUAUCAUCAUCGGUGCUGGGGCUUCAGGACUGGCUGCUGCACGCCAGCUGCAAAACUUUGGCACUCAGGUGGUGGUGCUCGAGGCGAGAGACAGAAUAGGUGGUCGGGUGUGGGAUGAUGCCUCUCUGGGUGUCACUGUGGGUCGAGGAGCUCAAAUCGUUAAUGGCUGUGUAAACAACCCCAUUGCCCUGAUGUGUGAACAGUUGGGCAUCAAGAUGCACAAGCUCGGAGAGCGAUGUGACCUCUUUCAGGAGGGAGGGCAGGUCACUGACCCUGCCAUCGACAAGCGCAUGGACUUCCACUUUAAUGCCAUCCUGGAUGUGGUGUCAGAAUGGAGGAAGGACAAGUCGCAGAACCAGGACACACCACUGGGAGAAAAAGUCCAAGAAGUUAAGAAGAACUUUCUCCAGGAGUCUGGGAUGCAAUUCAGUGAGCUGGAGGAGAAGGUGCUUCAGUUUCACCUCAGCAACCUGGAGUUUGCCUGUGGAAGCACAUUAGACCAGGUAUCGGCAAGAUCCUGGGACCACAAUGAAUUUUUUGCCCAAUUCUCAGGAGACCACACUUUGCUUACCAAGGGCUACUCUGUUUUACUCUACAAACUGGCCGAGGGCCUCGACAUCCACACAAAGUGUCCGGUUCAGGCCAUUGAUUACUCAGGUGACGUUGUCAAAGUUACCUCCUCUGAUGGGUCGCAGUGGACAGCACAGAAGGUUCUUGUUACAGUUCCUUUGACUUUGCUUCAGAGGAACCUGAUUCAAUUCAACCCUUCACUUCCUGAAAGGAAAUUGAAGGCGAUCCACAGUCUGGGGGCGGGUAUAAUAGAAAAGAUCUCGCUUCAGUUCCCGUACAGAUUCUGGGACAAAAAAAUCCAAGGAGCAGACUACUUCGGUCACAUCCCACCAGGUCUUGAAAAGAGAGGCAUGUUCAGUGUCUUCUACGACCUGGAUCCACAGAGGAAGCAGGCUGUGCUGAUGUCUAUUAUCAGUGGUGACGCUGUUUCUUCUGUGCGGGACAUGGAGGACAAAGAGGUGGUUGAUGAGUGCAUGAGGGUACUGCGGGAACUUUUCAAAGAGCAGGAGGUUCCUGAGCCAAUGAAUUUCUUCAUCACUCAUUGGAGCAAAGACAUCUGGUCCCAGAUGUCCUACAGCUUUGUGAAGACAGGGGGCAGCGGAGAGGCCUACGACAUUCUCGCUGAAGACGUGCAGGGAAAGGUGUUCUUUGCUGGCGAGGCAACCAACAGACACUUUCCUCAGACUGUGACGGGAGCCUACCUCAGUGGCGUCAGAGAGGCCAGCAAGAUGGCCGCUAUGUAACCUGUCACUCCCAGAGCACUCAUAAACACCAGCACGGACUCACGGGUUGCACCGAACAACAGACCAUUAAUAAAGUCGGACUGUGUUGUCUCACUUGCUCCACUUGAAACACUGUUUUGCUGUACUGUAAUGUAUCUGAUCAGCAAAGUGUCGUGAAUGAUUUUUCAGUAGCGGGGUUAGCCAGGGCCUGGCUCUACAUAUCUAACAAGUGCUUUUUAUUUAUAUCAAAAUCCAACAGGUAACAUGUUGGUGACAAGAUGCAAAAAAAAAGAAAAACAAAAUUAUGAGGAAGUCUCCAUAGCCCCUAAGCAGCUCUGCCUAACUCUGCUGUGCUGGAAAGGAGGAUGGUAUUUUGUUUUAAUGAUAGCAAUGCAUGAAACAUUGGAAAAUCUGAGUGAUCUGAUCAUAAACUUAACCGAAUAUAAUUUAACCUCCAAUCAUCAGGUUUUAAGUGA